AUGGCGCAUUAUGACUUGCCAUAUGACACAGUCCCAGGGACAGUCCACCUCGUGGACAUCGAGCAUAGCAUGCAUACCCGACAUGCUGGAUCCGGGGACAAGGACAUUGUUCUCGUCCCCACUCCAUCCAACGAUCCAGAUGAUCCCUUGAAUUGGUCGUCUAAGCGAAAGCUCAUGUUGACCAUCACAAUUAAUGUUUACACCUUGGUGGUUGGAAUUGCCAACUCCGUGGUCUAUUCGGUGCUUGUUCCGCUUUCCGAAGCUUCUGGAGUCUCCAUCUCCACUCUAAACCAAGGCACUGGCUAUCUGUUUCUUCUUGCUGGCUGGGGUUUGCUUUUCUGGCAGCCUUUCGCCAUGCGAUAUGGCAAGCGACUGACCUACCUUCUCUCCAUCUGUGGAACAAUCGGUUGCACAAUGUGGGGUCCAUAUGCUCGCGGCAACGGAGUAUGGAUCGCGAAGAAUGUUCUCGGUGGUUUUUUUGCGGCGCCUAUUGAGGCGCUUCCCGAGACCUCUGUGACAGAUGUGUACUUUCAUCACCAGCGAGGAACGUACAUGGGUAUAUACGCGUUCUUCCUCGCCGGGAGCAACUAUUUUGCGCCCGUGAUCUGUGGCUUCAUCGCCGAUGACCAAGGUUGGAAAUGGGUUUUCUACUGGCCAACGAUCUUCCUAGGCGUGGCUCUGAUCUUUUGCUUCUUCUUCAUGGAAGAGACGAACUACAUACGAUCAACAGUCGGUAUCGUCGAGACUUCGAGCGGCAGCCAAACGUCCGUUUCUUCUGCGAAGGACGAGAAAGCGGCGGAAAAGACGCCAGACGUUGUCAACGAGCCCGAAAUCACUGUCGAGAGCGGCACUGUUGUCUGUGGCAGCAACAAAACCUACUUGCAAAGAAUAUCACUUUGGCAGCCUUCUCCCGGGGAAGCAAUGUGGAAAAGAGCCUACAGAUCCUUGGAGUACCUGGGCUGGCCCGUCAUAUUCUAUGCUGGGUUUAGCUAUGGCAGCUAUCUUAUCUGGUUCAACGUUCUGAAUGCCACUGCAAGCAUCAUUCUGGGUGGCCCGCCGUACAACUUCAAAGCCUCCAUGGUUGGACUUUCCUAUGUCAGCACAUGCAUCGGCGUCGUUGUCGGAUGCUUCUUUACUGGCCGGUUCAGCGACUGGCUCACUAUCAGACUGGCGCGUCGCAACAACGGCAUCAUGGAACCUGAACAACGCCUCUGGCCCUUUGCAGCUUGCAUCCUUAUUGUCCCCGCAAGUCUUGUGCUUUGGGGCGUUGGUGCGGCCCACCACGUCCAUUGGUUUGGGUUGAUCUUCGCCAUGGGCACUCUUGCCGCUGCAACCUGCUUCGGGAUCACUCUCAGCGUCAACUACCUUAUUGAUACAUAUCAUGAAAUCAGCGCAGAUGCAAUGACGACUGUGAUCUUGGUUCGUAACACCAUGUCCUUUGCCAUUGGUUACGGAAUCACCCCGUGGCUCGACAAUCUCGGUCUGCAAAAUUGCUUUAUCUCAGCUGCGUUCAUCGGCAUGGCGGCUUCAUCAGUAUUCCUGUUCAUGAUAUUCUAUGGGAAGAACUUCCGGGAGCGAAGCCGCGUCAAAUACUGGAACUUGGUUGCGGAACUGAUGGCAAAGAGCAAUGCGAACACCUAG